UUCAUGAUGGCGGACGCGUCGACUCGUUGGUUCGUCGCGUCGCCCGCGCUGCUCGCCAAGGAGCUGGCGCGCACUUUCCGCGCCUUCGGCCGCCUCAAGCAGCACUUCCAGAACAACCUGCAGGAGACGGAGGAGUACUUCGCCGAGCUGCAGGACUGCGGACACUACGACGAAGACCAGCGCAGCUGCAUCUCUUUCCCGGCACACGAGCUCGCCUACCUCCACUCGGUGGGCGACUGCGCCCCGUGCCUCCUCAUCGCCGGCACCAGCGACGGCGCCAAGCUGCGUGCGCUCGAGUGCAUCCUCGGGGAGCGCGUGCUGCCCGACCUUCCCUCGGACGCGGACAAUGCGGGCGGUGGAACUGCCGACGGCGUCGGGAACGGCAAUGGCGGCGGCGGCGGCGACGGUGGCGGCAGCACGGGAGCGGCGUGCCGGGCAACGCGGCUGCGGCACGGCACGGAGCGUCGCGCCAGCCUCGUCCUGCCGGGGCAGUUUGAGCUGCUGCACCCGCAGCAGGCCACGCCGCCGCAGCAGCCUCUGCAGCAGCAGGAGCAGUCGCAACAGCCGCAGCAGCAGCAGCUGCAGCAGCAACAGCUACAGCAGCAGCUACAGCAGCAGCUGCAACAGCAGCUGCAGCAGCAGCAGCACGAAGACGACGACUGGGAGAGGACGCCGGCUGCUGUUGCCGCUACCGCCGCUUACCUGCGCAUGCUCCAGCCCGAGUGCCAAGACCCGGCGUUCCGGCAAGCUCAGCUGGAGCUCAGCCUGCCGCACCCGCUGCUCAAGGAGGUGAGCGUGGUGCUGGCGCCGUCGCGGCAGCUGCAGCCGCUCACCGCCGCGCUGGAGGAGCUGCGCAGCCACUUCCUGCCCGUCGUCCUCUACGCCGUCGCCUGCGACCGGCUGUCCGACGCCGACGCCCUCGAGCUGGCGCACCUCAAGCAGAACUUCUCCGAGCCGGUCUUCUUCCUGCGCCUGCCCCCGCACGCGCCCCCCGCGCCCGCGCCCCCCUACGCCCGCCUCACCACCACCUACGCCAAACUGGAAAGGGACCUCCUGAGCGCCGGCAACAACUGCGGCGGCACGGCGCUGCACCGGCAGCUCGUCGGGCUGGACUACCUCGGCGGCGCGUCGGCGGGCGCGUCGGCGGGCCGGGCUCACAGCGCGCUGACGGACUGCGCCGACCGGCUGCCGCACUUCUCGCGGCUGGCGCUGCACGCUCGGCUCGUGGAGGCGACGGGCGUCCUGGGCGGGGUGCACGCCCGCGGCCUCGACCUGUUCAUCAGCCACGCGUUCGACAUGGCGCGCGACCUGCAGAUCACGCCGCGCCGCCUGCAGUACACGCGCGCCAAGGAGGAGGAGCUGUACGCGUCGCUGCUCGAGAUCGCCAACGAGAAGCAGGAGGAGAUCCGCCAGAUGAUCGUCGACACGCUCGACAGCAUGCGCAAGCAGCUGCUGGAGGAGGCGGCCACCACCGAGUUCGCCGACGUUCCUGUGAGCAACGGGGAGUCGGGCAGCGGACGUGGCGUCCAGCGCUGCUCCAAGCACAUCCAGGAGCUGGUGCUGAAGCGUCUGAAGGAGGCGGUGGCCAGCAAGCUCAUCGCCUCGGUGGACUACCUGCGCGAGAGCUUCGUGGGCACGCUCGCGCGCUGCCUCGACUCGCUCGAGAAGUCGGGCGGGGACGUCACCAGCAACAGCCUCACCAGCUCGCACCUCAAGCAGAUCUUGAACGCGGCCUACCACGUGGAGGUCACCUUCCAGUCGGGUUCCUCCGUCGCCUACAUCCUCUGGGAGCAGAUUAAGCAGCUGAUCCACAGCCUCACGUGGACGACGCCGCCGGCGCCCACGGCCGAGUGGAAACGCAAGGUGGCGCAGGACACCAUGGAGAGCCUCAGCGCCUCCAAGCUCGCCAAGAACAUCUGCAGCCAGUUCCGCGCGCGGCUCAACCACUCGCACGAGGCCUUCGCGUCCUCGCUGCGCCAGCUGGAGGCGAAACACUCGGGCCGCCUGGAGCGCACGGAGGACAUGUGGCUGAGGGUGAGGAAGGACCACGCCCCACGGCUGGCCAGACUGUCGCUCGAGAGCCGCUCGCUCCGAGACAUCCUCUUGCACGGCAUGCCGCGGCUGGGCCCCGAGCUGGGCCGCGGGCAGUACGGCGUGGUGUACGCCUGCCACGAGCCUUGGGGCGGACACGCGCACUGCGCCCUCAAGUCGGUCAUCCCGCCCGACGACAAGCACUGGAACGACCUGGCGCUCGAGUUCCACUACACGCGCUCGAUGCCGCGGCACGACCGGCUCGUGUCUCUGCACGGCUCCGUAAUUGACUACACGUACGGUGGCGGCUCCAACAUGGCCGUGCUCCUCAUCAUGGAUCGGCUGCUCCGCGAUCUCUACACCGCCAUCAAGGGGGGGCUGGUUUUAGCGGCUCGGCUCCGGGUGGCGCUGGACGUGGUGGAGGGGAUCCGAUUCCUGCACAGCCAAGGCCUUGUCCACCGAGACAUCAAACUGAAGAAUGUGCUGCUGGACAAGUCAAACCGCGCGAAGAUCACCGACCUGGGAUUCUGCAAACCCGAGGCGAUGAUGUCGGGCAGCAUCGUGGGGACGCCCAUCCACAUGGCUCCCGAGCUCUUCUCUGGUGAGUUCGAGGGCAAACUAACAAUGUGGAUGGAAUAACCGGGGGACUCCACAUGACCACGGGGAGAGAGGAACGCAAACUCCAAACAAACGGGCAUCUCCAGGGGCCGGGAUCGAGCCCACGACCUCCUGCAUACGAGGCGAGGCAAUUAACAUCUCGCCGCCGAUGCGGGAAGAGUAGCAGCAGUAGCGGGGGAUGGGUAAGGGAUGUAAGGGAUGAGUGUUCAGGGAGGGGACGGGCAGCAGGUGAGUGAAGUUGAACGUCUUUCGCACCGUACGGAGCCAAGCACGCUAAUCGAAGGUGCUUGCUUGCGACGCUUACGCGCCGAUGCCUGCCGCUAGCGCACGGCAGGAGAACAGCCCCCUCCCCCCGCACGUGAUUCACGCGCGAGUCCCAGAGUAAACAUUUCGGAGGAGAAAUAAAAUUCCGAGCAUUUCGUGCCGGUGAUCCAGCAUCGCACAGCGAGCGAGCGUGAGCCUUCCCGUAGCGCUCUUUAAAUGAUGGUGAUUAUAAUAAUAAUCGCGCGUUUGCGAUCGCUCCUCGUUUUCGCCGUUGCUACAAACGCGUUUAUCCUUCCGCAGCCACCAUUACGUCUCGUUGUCAUUUUCCACGGGGCGCGCGUGUGGGGUGACCUUACCGAUAC